AUGGGGAGACGGCGUAGUUCACGAAAGCCUCCACCCAAACAGAAAAUCAUAGAGCCCCUUCCUAAACAGUUUAACUGCCCAUUUUGCAACCACGAGCGCUCAUGUGAGGUCGAAAUGUAAGUUGCCCUCUUUCAUUUGAUGCUUUAUAGGAACCGUGAUCGGGGCACGGGUUACGUUCAGUGUCGCAUCUGUCUUGAAGACUACCAGUGUCCCGUGAAUUAUCUAAGUCAGGAGAUCGACGUUUAUAAUGACUGGAUUGAUGAGUGCGAGAUUGCUAAUUCAUAA